CUUACGAGCAGUGCAGCAAGUGCGAUCAGCUAAUUGGUCUUUUUCUAGGUGCAGAAGUCCGCCUUGCAUGUCAAAGAGCACAAGUAAGUCUGGGCCCCAAGUGGCUGAGUUACUUCGAUCAACAGCGCAAGAAUAGUAUGAAGUGGUUGAAAGAGAUGGACAGCGACAUCUGGAAGGCAGUGCUUCUAGAUGAACGCAUUGAGGAACUGGCGAAGGAGGAGCAUAAGCUUUUGUCUAGUAUCGCUGAACUACUAGAGCAUGCCAUCUACGACACUGCGCUCGCUGACAUUGCAGCACAAGCCUGUGAAGAUUUUGCUGCCGAGGUUAGUGAGUGUCACCAGAAGACUCAAGCCGCAGAAUGUUGCACGAAGGACCACAGAUUCAAGCGUCUGGCGAUUGAAUCUCUCGCACAUGCCACUCAGAAGCUUUCCCAGUGUGAUUGGUUCACGGCCGCGCAAGACGAAUUUGCGCAGAACUUGGAAGACGGUAUAAUUAUUUAUCCUAGUCCUGUUGUCUUUAUUUGAGUGCGCAUUAUAAGAUAUUUAUAGUGAUGAAGCCGCGCCGGCGCAUUCUUUUUGUUAUAUAUAUUAAUAUUGAGCAACCCUGUUUCCUCUCUAUCAGUUCCCGAGUCCUGAACCUUGACUGAAUGAUUGGCUGAACUUCAACAGGUGACGCGCUCUCAUUCGACGACGCGCGUACACUUUCAGAAGAUAACUUGGUGCGAUGUUUGGAAUUUUUUUGCAACGAUUUCAAGGAGCUGAGUAUUCUUUUUGAGAAGUUGUUGGACGUGAAAACCCGUAAGAACCCAGACAAGCAAAUCGAUAUCGUCCACGCAGACAUUAACGCAACAGACGUGCUGGCGGAAUUUGGUAUACAGAAUCCUGCUCGUCUCGUUUGUGAGAACAACCAGGAGCAAAUCAGACUGGGGCAAGGUCAUCGUGAGAAAAACAACAACCCUAGACAGGCUGCAGCAGGGCAGAAUGCGAAUGCUCCUCCGGGUGUUCCUGGUCAGAAUGUAGCUGGCGCUGGCAACGGGGACGCAGGUGGACAAGGCGCAGCUGUUGGCGCAGGAGUAGGACAGAAUGUUGGCGCAGCUGUUUUCGCAGCAGCCGGCGUUGCCAACGGAAAUCCUGAGCAGCCACCUGUUAAUGGGAACAUCCAUAAUAGCGUCGGCGCAGCUGUGAACGCAGGCAACGUCAUCAACCCCGGCCCCGGACAAGGUGCGGCACCUCAUCAGCCUGUGCUUGUUGUUGUUGCUGGUGCUGGUGGCCAAAAUCCUCAAGCUGGAAUGAUCCAUCAGCCACAGCCUCCGGCAGUUCCCCUAGUUCCAGGCAACAUCAACAAUCCAGUAGUUCCUGUGCAUCCCGCGCAAGCGGCUGUUCCGCCGGCAGCCGAAAACUCUGCCGCUAUGAAUCCACAGAAUGCCACUCCGCAAC